AUGCAAACACGUUCAACAUUAGAUACAAGUUCAAAUAAUUUAUUUACAAAUAUUGAACGGUUAGGUACACGUGAUUUAUUAUCCUAUGAACAACUUUCAUAUGAUACUAUAUUAACAUCAAUUCAAAGUAAUAAUACAUUACCAUUAUCAGUUUUGUUAAUAUUGAAUAUUCAACAUAAGUGUAUACAGAACUCUAAGUUUAAGAGAAAGAUAAAUUCAUUGCUAAAUUAUUAAUUUCAUCAAACAAAAAAUCUAGUGUUUCUCUGGCUUUGAUUUGGCUUAUAUCAAUAAUUUCAAAUAUAUUCUAUCAAUCAGAAAAUUAGAGUAUGAACAUUUUCUUUGUUGGCAUCCACUUUUAAAAUAUAUAUAAUUUAGAGUUUAUUUGAUCGCUUAUUUUUUCAUCAUGGUUUUAAUUUAACAU